AUCAAGCCAAGAGUCUCUUUACUCUCCUGCCAAUCUGAUCUCCUCCCGGUGAACCAUAGUGGCACCAAUUUCACCUAGUACAAAACGACAAUACCGAGACGUUCAGCUGCCACAAAAGCCUCCUUUUCUGCCUUUCCAAUCCUCAAAUUGUACUACUAGCCAAAGCCGUCGUCUAUCAUGGAUGAUCCGGUGGCCGAUAUCCCUCAGAUCAUCGAGACACUUUGUACAGCUCCACCAGCUAUCCAGAGGGCGGCAAUUGAAGCCUACUUCACACCGACUGCAUCCUUCACGCAUCCGUUUUGUCGGACAGGGAGCUUUCCUGGCUCAAUAUGGCUCAUCAUCAUGAUUUACCGCUGGUACAAAAUCCUCAGUCCUCAUAUUGAUGUUGCAGUUGACGGAGUUGCAUUCGACGAAAGAAACCUGCGCCUCUACGUCUCCAUUCACCAGAACUUCAAGCUCUGGGUGGUCCCCUUCUACAAUGCUCCUGUCAAACUCGUCACUGUCCUCCAGUUGACCACCGACCCGACCCCCAUGCCUCCUGAACCCCAAGAGACUCUUCAGCUCAUGACCACCACUGAACUCGACAAUCGGAAGGUCAGCGACACGGGGGUUAAUAUCACGCCCGAUUCGUCUCAAAGUGGCGCUAGUGGAGGCAAGCACUGGACGCUGAGAAAUACGGCCGGUUCCACUAGUAUCACAUUCCGCAAAGACGCCGCGGACGGUGAUAGCGACAAGGUUAAGUACUACAUUCAAUCACAGAACGACCUGUACCAGACCACCGAGUUCAUCAAGUUCCUUGUCCCUUGGGGCAUCGGGGCCUUCCUAGUGAUAACCUGGCAAUUCUGCGCAACAAUGUUCUGUGUUAUUGGCACCAAGAUCUAUGAUCUCCUGAUGUGGCUACCACAGAAGCUGUAUCGUCAACACUUUGAAGUUUUCGACAACAGAGAGAAAGCACACCCACAUCUCGGUGCCGAUUAAACGUGUCCAGACCACGAAAGGCAGGGUACCCAACACCUGACAUACUAUUCAUCCAUCGCCUUCGAGGGGCAUGUAGUAACUGAUAGACGGAGGUAAGAACGUCGGAAUC